GAUGUGCAAGAUGGCGCAAGCCCAUUCCAGCCUCUCCAGCCACCAAUUGUCUUAGGCAGCGCUCGCACCAUGAGGAUCUAGGUUGGCUUCCAACCACCCCCCCCUUUUUCCAUUUCGGUGCUUUGGAGCUAUUUUGGGGGGCCCUGAAACCCGCUUUUGAGGGGGCUGAUUCUCCCCCCCCCCACACACCACUCCAGCUGGAUUUCCCCCCGGAUCGCAGAGGAGGAGAGACACCAGCCACACCAAAAGUGGAUCCAUGGCUUCCCCCGGCUCUCCUCUGCCGGCCGGCGUGUUCGGAUUCCUGCUGCUCGCCUUCGCGGGAGAUUUUGGUCAUUCCACCGAGCUGGCCUUCGCCGUGGAGCCCAGUGAUGACAUAGCCGUGCAGGAGCGGCCGCUGGUGCUGUACUGCCAGGUGGAGGGAAUCCCGCCCAUCACCAUUACGUGGCGGAAGAACGGGGCGAUGGUCAUGGACAAUGAGAACACCUUCGUGCUGGCCAAUGGAUCGCUGUACGUCUCCCGCUUCCAGAAAGUCAGGGGGGAUGGGUCGUCUGAUGAAGGCGAAUACGACUGCAUGGCUCAAAACCGCUUUGGGCUGGUGGUCAGCCGUAAGGCGAAGAUUCAAGCCGCUACUAUGUCGGACUUCCAUGUUCACCCUCAGAACGCAGUCGUGGAAGAAGGAGGUGUUGCAAGAUUCCAGUGCCAGAUCCAUGGUUUACCAGAGCCCUUAAUCUUGUGGCAAAAGAAUCAAGUCCCCAUCAACACGGACAAUGAUAGGUACACGCUGCUUCCCAAAGGAGUCUUGCAGAUUACCGGACUCAGAGCCGAAGACAGUGGGAUUUUUCACUGUGUGGCUACCAACAUUGCUAAUGUGAAAUUCAGCCGGGAGGCCAGACUCACUGUGUCAGGCUCCCAUUCUACAGUUUACAAGGAUCCCAUGAUUCUUGUUGGCCCAGAAAACCUCACCCUGACUGUGCACCAGACAGCUAUCCUGGAAUGCAUUGCAACUGGAAAUCCCAGGCCCAUUGUGUCCUGGAGUCGACUAGAUGGCCGUCCCAUUGGCGUAGAAGGAAUUCAGGUGCUGGGGACAGGAAACCUAAUGAUUUCUGACCUCACUGUGCAGCAUUCUGGGAUAUACGUUUGUGCUGCUAACAAACCCGGCACUAGAGUGCGGAGAACUGCCCAGGGAAGGCUAGUCGUACAAGCCCCUGCUGAGUUUGUGCAACACCCUCAGUCAAUUUCCAGACCUGUAGGGACGACUGCGAUCUUCACCUGCCUGGCCCAGGGAGAGCCUCCCCCUCAGAUCACCUGGCUGAAGAACGGGCAGAUCCUAGAACCGACUGGUCACAUCAAACUGAAGAAUAACAACAGCACACUCACAAUCUACGGGAUCAGUCAGGAGGAUGAAGCUAUCUACCAGUGCAUCGCUGAGAACAGCGCCGGCUCUACCCAAGCCAGCGCGCGCCUGACGGUGCUGUGGGCAGAUGGGUUGCCUGGUCCCCCGCAGAAUGUGAAAGCUGAGACCGUCUCCGCAACCACCGUCCAGGUAUCCUGGAGCGAACCUCUGCAGAACACCAAGGAGAUCAUCGGUUACGUGCUGCACAUAAGGAAAGCUGCAGACCCCGUGGAGAUGGAAUACCAGGAGGCUGUUAGCAAAAGCACCUUCCAGCAACUAGUGACGGAUUUAGAGCCCUCGACCAGUUAUAGCUUCUAUAUAAAGGCUUAUACCUCCCGGGGUGCCAGCAAAGCCUCUGAAGUCAUGGUGGUGAGCACGCUGGGAGAAGUCCCAGCAAUGCCGUCCCUCUUUAUUAAAGUUCUUAACAGCACCACCAUCCAAGCGGUGUGGGAACCCUCCGUCAAACUGGGCCAGCAGGAAGGGUUCAAACUGUACUACCGUAAAGUUCACCUAGCCCACUUUACUGGCCCUAUGCUCCUGCCCAGCAACGUUACAUCUUAUAACAUUACUCACUUGGACCCAUCAGUGGUAUAUGAAGUAAAACUCCUGGCAUAUAACCAGCACGGGGAUGGAAAUUCUACUGUCCGCUUUGUAUCCCUUCGAGAAACAGUUGAAAAAACAGUGUUGAAUCCCCCAUGUGACUGCAUGAAAGAUGAGCAAAAUAAUAAGACCUCCACCACGGGGAUCAUCAUUGGGAUCCACAUUGGAGUCACGUGCAUUAUAUUCUGUGUCCUGUUCCUCAUGUUUGGGUACAGAGGAAGACUGCUGAUGUGUAAAAACGUCCAGGAACAGCUGUCAACCCCCCAGAUCCCGAGGAGUCAGAGGAAUGCCACAGGCCUGGUUCUGAACGGAGCUGCUCGGAGGGACAGGGACGACCUGGACAUGAAUGGGAAGCAACUGGAGAUGAACGAGCUGGAAAGGUUGUUUCUAGCAUUGCCUUCCCAGGAUCAACAGGAUAAGGGAAUAAUGCCAGAUCACGUUCCACCUGACUCACACGAUGAGACUCAGAUAUCUACACUUCCAUUGGAUGAAUUCAGCAUUAUAGAAGAACAGCUUGAUCCCCAAGCCAAAAGUCUGGCUCCUGAUGAUCAGGGUGGACCGCUACACAACUUUAGCCAGGAAGUCCCAGCUUUGAAACAUAGUCCCACCAAUGAAGGAUAAUUGCCAAGUCUUUAAGCCUCUUGUAGGACUCACCAAGAACCAUUUCCAUGUCUGGUGAUGUCUUUACAAUGAUUUGUCAAUCUCAGGUCAAUUUAAGAUUUCUACAGUCUGAUUUUUGUUUUUGUUUUUGCUUUAUUAUUUCUUUUAUAUUGAUAUACAGCUUUUUUGAAGCUCUAUGAAGUUUAUCUUCCUGACCUGUCUCAGGCCUCUCUGUGCAUUUCUUCCUACAAUUGCAUUAUCAAGACUGGUCAUAAUUGUU